AUGACCGGGCGGGCGGCGGGGCCGGGCCGGGCUCUCACCGCCUACAAAUGCGGCUCCCCCGCAGCGGGGCCGCCGCCGCCGCCACCGCCGCCCCGCAGCCCCCCCAGCAUGGCCGCGCCGCGCUGGCUCCUGGCGCUGCUGCUGCUCUGGCUCGCCCUGGCCGCCGCGGGGCCGCUGGGCCAGGCGCCGGACGGGAAGGAUGCGGAGGACGGCCUCAUCCGAACCCUGGUGCGGCCGCGGGGUGCGCGGCGCGGGGCUGGGCACCGGCCGAGCGGCUGGAGGAGGUACCGGCGGCCCCGGCCCCGGCUUUCCCACAAGGGCCCCAUGCCCUUCUGAGGCAGGGUUGCCACCAGCCUUCCAGGGACGUGGCUCCCAUCGCCCGCUCUGUGUCCUAGCCUGCUCUGCUCGUCUCCUGGCCCCGAGCGCAGGGUCCCACCUGUGAGCCCUCAGCUGGCGUCACCUCCUCCUGCGGCUGUCCCUGGUGGCCCCGGCACCAUGUCUGGCACUGCGGGUGCCUCCUGCCUCUCCUCACCGCCUCCUGGGGCUGGCUGGGAGUGGGUCACCCAUGUAGCUCAUGGUGGGGCCAGGUGCUGCCACGCUGCCCCUGUCCCAGUGGGUGCGGGGCUGCCCUGGGCAUCGGCUUGCUGGGACCUGUGGGCUUUGCGCAAAGCACUUUGUCAGGCAGAGGAGCUUCUCUGCAGGGGUCUGUGAGCUCCCUUGGGGCUCCUGCCCGGUCCCUGCUAGUCACCCGCAUGCCGGGGUGAGCACACAGCUUGUCGUGGGGAGGGGUCUAUUUAUUCCCAUGGUGCUAAUCCCACACGCUGGGUGAGCUGCCUUCCUCUCCCUGGCGAGCGUGGGGUCCCCUUCCCACUGGCAGACCUGCCUCCUGGGGACCCCCAAGGCGUGGGGUGACCACCCAGGACACAGCUUGGGGUUCUGGGCCCCUCUGCCUGCUCCAUGCCAUGGGACAGUGGGAGAAUGGAGGGGCACGGGGGUCUCUGUCAAACACUGACAUAUGCCAAAGGGGGGGCCCUUGCUCUGAGUGCCACUGGGUCCUGUUGACCACGUCUCUUGUGUCUGUAAAGAUUUAUUCUGUGUAAAUACAUCUUUAUAAUAAAGAGUUAUGAUGACAGCAAA